AUGUUUCAGGUCGUGUUAACAUUCAGGUAACUGUAGACUGAACAACUCAGUUUGGGUGUCUAAUGUAAAUUAAAGCCAAAGUGAAGUUUUCCUCAGUAUUAUAAAAGCUUGGAAACUGUAAAAUCUAAUUACUUUUCAAUGUGGUUCUUAACAGGUGAAAACAGAAGUAGUGCAGAGGCAGCUCAUGAGAAUGGAACAGAUAACGUGCAUUGGCUUAGGGGACACCUGUGAUAGAAUGGACUCACGAAGAAUUAUUCUCUGACUAUCCCCACAGGAUGGAAGAACUUAGUGUUAUCCAGCAUUCCUGCUGAGUAUAUCACUUACUGCCACUUCUGAUCCUUGAAGAGAGAUUUAUCGCUUCCUGUGGCAAUACUGAAUACUCAAAAGUUUCACUGGUACGACUCAUCUGUUCUGUUCCAGAGGGUGUUCUGACCUCAAGAGCUGCAUGAAGAAUAGCCAGCAUGAAGAGAACAAAUCAGUCCAGGCAGAAGUGCAGAAGCAACAAGAACAUAAAUCAGGAAGGUGAAAUGGAAGGUGAGGCAGUCGAAGCUAUUGUGGAGGAAUCAGAAACUUUCAUUAAGGGAAAAGAGAGGAAAACCUAUCAAAGGCGCCGUGAAGGCGGGCAAGAGGAUGAUGCUUGUCAUCUACCGCCAAACCAAGCAGAUGGAGGUGAAGUAGUGCAGGACGUCAGCAGUGGGGUGCAGAUGGUGAUGAUGGAUCAGCUGGAUCCAACUCUUCUUCAAAUGAAGACUGAAGUAAUGGAAGGUGCAGUGCCUCAAGAAACUGAGGCUACAGUGGAUGACACACAGAUCAUAACACUUCAGGUUGUUAAUAUGGAAGAGCAGCCUAUAAACCUUGGUGAGCUUCAGCUGGUCCAAGUACCUGUACCAGUGACUGUACCUGUUGCCACCACGUCUGUGGAAGAACUGCAGGGAGCUUAUGAAAAUGAGGUUUCCAAAGCAGGCCUGCAAGAGGGGGAGCCCAUGAUCUGUCACACCCUCCCUUUACCAGAAGGCUUCCAAGUAGUGAAAGUGGGUGCAAAUGGUGAGGUGGAGACACUGGAACAAGGUGAUCUUCAGCCACAGGAAGAUCCCAAUUGGCAAAAAGAUCCAGACUAUCAACCACCAGCCAAAAAAACAAAGAAAAACAAAAAGAGUAAGCUUCGCUACACUGAGGAAGGCAAGGAUGUGGAUGUGUCUGUGUAUGACUUUGAAGAGGAGCAGCAGGAGGGUUUGUUGUCCGAGGUUAAUGCAGAAAAGGUGGUGGGCAAUAUGAAGCCACCUAAACCAACAAAAAUUAAAAAGAAAGGUGUAAAGAAGACAUUCCAGUGUGAACUGUGCAGUUACACUUGUCCCCGUCGUUCCAACCUGGACCGCCACAUGAAAAGCCACACCGAUGAAAGACCACACAAGUGCCAUCUCUGUGGCAGGGCUUUCCGGACAGUCACGUUGCUGAGGAACCACCUCAACACUCACACAGGUACUCGCCCUCACAAGUGCCCAGACUGCGACAUGGCCUUUGUGACCAGUGGAGAGUUGGUUCGGCAUCGCCGCUACAAACAUACCCACGAGAAACCCUUCAAGUGUUCCAUGUGUGAUUAUGCCAGUGUGGAGGUUAGCAAAUUGAAACGCCACAUUCGUUCUCACACUGGAGAGCGCCCGUUCCAGUGCAGCUUGUGCAGCUAUGCCAGCAGGGACACCUACAAACUGAAGAGGCACAUGAGGACCCACUCCGGAGAGAAGCCAUAUGAAUGUUACAUCUGCCACGCUCGCUUCACUCAGAGCGGUACCAUGAAGAUGCACAUUUUGCAGAAGCACACGGAGAAUGUGGCCAAAUUCCACUGUCCUCACUGUGAUACUGUCAUAGCGAGAAAGAGUGACUUGGGUGUCCACUUGCGGAAGCAGCAUUCCUACAUCGAGCAGGGCAAGAAGUGCCGCUACUGCGACGCCGUGUUCCACGAGCGGUAUGCCCUCAUCCAGCACCAGAAGUCCCACAAGAACGAGAAGCGCUUCAAGUGUGACCAGUGUGAUUAUGCGUGCAGACAGGAGCGACACAUGGUCAUGCACAAACGGACCCACACUGGAGAAAAGCCUUAUGCCUGUAGCCAUUGUGACAAAACCUUCCGCCAGAAGCAGCUCCUCGACAUGCACUUCAAACGAUACCACGAUCCCACCUUUGUCCCUGCUGCCUUUGUCUGUUCCAAGUGCGGCAAAACGUUCACUCGCAGGAACACAAUGGCCAGACAUGCUGAUAACUGCUCUGGCCUAGAUGGUGGGGAAGGAGAGAAUGGAGGAGAGACAAAGAAGGGCAAACGUGGCCGAAAGAGAAAGAUGCGGUCUAAGAAAGAAGAUUCCUCUGAUAGUGAGGAAAAUGCUGAACCAGAUUUGGAUGAUAAUGAAGAUGAGGAGGAGACCGCAGUAGAAAUUGAGGCUGAACCAGAAGUUGAGCAAGAGGCUCCUGCACCACCUCCCAGUAAGAAACGAAGAGGAAGACCACCAGGCAAAGCUGCCACCCAACCAAAACAAUCCCAGCCUGCAGCAAUCAUUCAGGUUGAAGACCAGCACACUGGUGAAAUUGAAAAUAUUAUAGUUGAAGUGAAGAAAGAACCUGAUGCAGAAACAGCAGAGGAAGAGGAGGAAGCUCAGCCUCCUGUAGUGGAAGCUCCCAAUGGAGACCUCACCCCUGAGAUGAUUCUCAGCAUGAUGGACCGGUGAUGGAGGAAGACCACGCUGGCUGACUGAACUGGCCUGGGCUGUGUUUAAGCGGCUCAAAUCUAUUUUUCCUUUUAUCUUUUUUCUUGGCUUUGGGAAAUGCAUCAUUUUAGACCAUUUUACCAAACAUACUGGGAAAAAAAAAAAAAAACUAUGUUAGAAUGUGAUUUAACUAGAACUUGCUGUUUUAUGUUAGCAUUACAGGAUCAUGGAACAUUAGGAAAUAUUUUGGAGUCCUUGAGGGUUUCCUGUGAGAUGCUUGAUUUUAGUUUUGCUCUGAACUUGCAUUGUAAAGCUGGUCCAAGGGCCGUGUUUACAUGCACCAAGUUUUAAUAUACAUAAAGCGGAAGCCUUGACUAAAGUAUGUGGAAAACCACUCCGGACUUGCCCUUCCAGUUCCCAGAGUCCUUGAGCCUCUUCUCUCAGUAGUGUUUUUAACUGUAAAUGCAGACUUGGGAGGGUUCUAGACUUUUGAAAUGUUUUUUGGUUGUUUUUUUUGGUUGUUUUUUUUUUGCUUUUUCCCACUGACUAGCUCUGAUUCUCCAAGUCAGCUGCACACGGUAGUUUUGGCAUGCUCCAACUGGUUUCUGUCCUUAAUAUGCUUUGCUUUCUGCAAAGCAUUUCUGUAAUGGUCAAGCUUGUAAAUAACUUUUUUUUUUUUUUUUUUUUUUACAUUUUAAUCUUUUUCCAUUAAUUAAGAGGUAUGCGAAAAUGCAGUUUAAAGAAACCCCACUAUUUUAAUUCCUUUCAAACUAAGCAA